UUUUUUUUUGAUUCUCAUCUUAUCAGCUUUAUUUUUUCCUUUUAUAUAUAAUAGUUUAGUUUGUAUGGUAGAAAGUGGACAACAACGGAUCAAGACGAAAGCAUUACAACGAUUAGCAAGGUGGCCUACAACUUCACCUUCAUCGUCUAUGACAAACUGGUCAGAUUCGAGAAAGUAUAAUAUGGAUUCUACUACUUCUUUUCAAUCUAUUGAAAAUGAGAAUUUGGUUCAAGGAUCUCUUUAUAUUAUUAAAGUCAAGAUUGUUACCAUUUCUCUAUUUGAAGGUUGGAAUGAUGAUAUGUGCUGCUUCUCUGUACUACGAUCUGAUACAGGAUCUAUGCGGUGGUCAGAAGCAAGAUAUCUGCCUGGUGACUUUGAUGCCUUUGAUGCAUUUGACGAAGCUGGCAAUCCACCUGUUUAUUUUUGGACAAGAUAUUUAAGAAUCCAAGUACCUGUCAAUUGGUUUUCUCUAUUUGAAGAAGCUCGAAGACGACAACGUGUGUGGGCUUUGGAUUUACAACAACAACUUAUUUAUCAACAACAAAACGAUGAUCACACUAUGAAUGCUAGUACUGGCAAUGAUGACGAUAUUCUCACUUUCCCCUUACCUCCUUCUUCUAUCUCAAGCUUACCAUUAGAUACCCACAACAAAACAGACCCUACUUCUGAUGAUGUUCAUUCUACUCGUGACGUCUCUUUAUCUCAAGUGCGUCAUGGUUCUCCCACGAUCUUCUCUAAUGUAUAUGAAUCACAGCAACAUCCAACAGCAAACAAUGAUUAUCAAUAUGAUGAUUAUCUAGCAACAAUCGACAUGGACCAAACAACAUCAAUACCACAAUCAACCGGAGCAGCAUUUCCUUCAUCAUCAUCCUCUUCUUCCAUCAUUUUACACAACAAUAAUAAUCAAUCACCACACACUCCUAAAAAUGAUUCGAUAAUCUAUUCUCCUGUCUCAUCCGUUAGACAUCGUCGUUCGUCUACAGCCUUAUUUUCUGAUAUGGGCAACACCAAGUCAACCGUUCCUUCUAAAGACAAGUCUUUACCAAAUCAUCAGGAUAAUGAAGAUGGAUCAUCUCAUUGGCCCAACGAUAAUAGUAGUAAUAUCAGUCAUCAUCAUUCAACCAGAACUAAAUCUAUCAAAUCGGUCUCUAUCAAGUCUCUCUCCAAACAUCGAAAAUCAGUCCUUGGAUUAUUUUAAAGUACUAUUAUCCAUCCUUCCACUCAAUAUUAGUCAUUUACCUCAUAGUCAUAGUUAUUUUCAUUUGUCGUACCCCUUUUUUUUUUUUAUUUUCAUUUGAAUCAUCUUUUAAUAAAUUAUGCAUCAAAUCAUUCAUUAUUGAUCUUAUAAAUUAUUACCAUCAUUAUUUUCAUAUACAAUUCACGUGAGGGUCAUCAUAUUAUACAUAUAUAUAAUACAGCAUGAAUACGUUCUUUU